GCGGCGGCCGUGGAGCCCCGGCGAGGCGGGGGCGGCUCCGUCCCGCAGACCGCUCCGCCACCGAGGCACCGCCACCGCUGGAGUCACCGGCCGACCGGAGGAGGAGAAGGAGAAGGAGAAGGAGAAGAUGCCGGGGGGACGCUGAAAGAAAACUAACUUUUUGGAUGCCCUAUGGGGAGAUGCACCUUUGACAUGGAGCAUGUGUUUGGUCAUCUUCAAUCUGAGGCAACAGUGUCUGUGCUAUAUAUAACAGAAGAAUUAACUGUGGAAAGAGACCGGCUGAAUGGCUACAUCACAAUAAGAAAUUGGUUUAAAAAUGUUAGUGUUUCAUGCCACUAAUGCAAGGUUGGGAAAGCCCAGUAACCCAACAGUCAGAAGAAUUACUUUUCUGUAAAAGCCUGUUCAAAAAGAACAAGCAGUCAAUAUAUAUUUCACCAUGUGUUCCCUGAUUAUUUAGCACUAAAUCUUUUAUUACACUGAAAUCAUGGUGUGAGGAUUGGUGAACAGCGUCCCCCGCCCGCCAUCCCCAGCAUUCAUCUGGCAACUAAAGACUGUGUCAGGAUGACCUCUGAGGAGAUGACAGGGUCUGUUCUCCUCUCUGUGGUACGGGGUAAAGUGAUACCUGCUCAGUCAGCUGGAGAUGAAAAUACUGAAAGUGCUUUGGCCACCAGUGUUAUAAAAAGACAUACUGCCAGUUCGGGAAGGCAAACCACACGCGCUCUGUCAUACUUACACAGACUGGAAGAAGAAAGUCUUCAGGGCUCAGUGCCCAAAAUAUUCUCUCUGGCGAAAGAACAACUGACUAAUGUCAAGAGUAAUGAAAACUUCUGGGAGAGGAGCAGCUCUAUCCCUGAUCCAGUCGAAUUUCUUAACAUUAACUGUAACAUUGUACAGAAAAACUACAAGAGCAAUAUCCCCUGCAGCCAGUUGUAUCAAUCGUGUGAUCCUUUAGCUGGGGGAGAGGCACGCCUGGAAACUGGAAUUCCUGUUUCACUGGAAAGAGCCAUGCUUGCUGAAAUUCAGUUGAAAAUGAAUGGACCUUCAUUAAGAAGCCAGACAGCAGUAAAUAAGAAUGACAGCAGUGAUCCUGACAAAGUACCUUUUUUUCACUUACAUUGUGCCGGUGAAAGGAAUAUAUCUAAGGCUUUGUGCGGUUUACACAACAGCUUCAUUCUGGAUGACUGCUUGCAGCCCCUGAGCGUUGGUGAUGGUAACACCUCUGGUUCCUCAGCCUGCACUUGCAGCGUAAUGGAGUUGACAAAUAAUUCUGAGAAUGAAAAUGGGCAGCAGCUGUAUGACGAUGCUUUAAGGGAUAAGUAUUUAUGUCUGGAAAGAGCACCACGAAAGGUUAAAGUGGCGUGCUCAGGUCACAACUUCUGUGGAAAUAACUUUACUGGAAGAAUGCCCUCAAAGCCCUUUCUGAGCCAUUUUGAAGACUGCAAUGAUAACUGUGAAGAUGAGUUGGAAGAGGAUUUUUUUCGAAACAAAAAGGAACGUUCUACUCUAUUAGUAAGGCGUUUCUGUAAAAAUGAUAAGGAGGUUAAAAAAUCAGUUUAUACUGGAACGAGAGCAAUUGUUAGGACUUCACCUUCAGGGCACAUAGGAACUGUUGCUUGGAAUUAUGUUGAGCAAAGGAGAAACAAUGGUGGCUUGAAGCUUUCUAGGAUUACAACAGAACAGCUAACUAUAAUUCAGUCCUUAAUAAAAUGGAAGUUUAAUUCCUGUCUUGAGAAGUCUUUAUGGUAUGAGAUCUUCAGUACAGUGAGAGAAGAAGAGGAAGGAGCAGAAGAUAUUUUUGAAUAUAUUCCUCAUCUUCUGAGAAAGCUCCCAACGUUUGUUAAAGUCUAUAUUUGCAAAGAUGAUGGGUUUUGUGUAAAACCAUGUGUAGCGGAUGCUCACUGUCAAUAUCGUGCCACUUUACAGAGGACUUCACUCUCUAACUAUAUAACUGGUGCUUUACUAGAAGCAACUACAUCAUUAGGAGCAAGAAGUGGGCUUUUAAAUAUCUUUGGAGGAUCAACUGGAAGAACAAUGCUUAAAGAACGUCAAGCGUGUACAUCUAUGGCUGGCUCCAGCGUCCUUCCCUCCAGCGUGGCUGGGAUCAGCAGAGAGCUGAUCGAGCUGCAGCACCUCAUCCAGUUCCCAGAGGAGGUUGCCAGCAUUCUGACCGAGCAGGAGCAGGAGCUCUACCGGAAAGUCUUACCCAUUGACUACCUCUGCUUUUUAACCAGGGAUUUGGGUAAUGCUGCAUGUCAAAGCAAGCUGCCAUCUGUUAAGGCUUCCAUAUCUGCUACUAUUCUUUCUUCUCCCAAUGGUGAACGUAAUGCUGUAGAAGAUCUUGUGACAAGGUUUAAUGAGGUGAGCUCGUGGGUUACCUGGCUGAUCCUGACUGCAGGUUCUAUGGAGGAGAAACGAGAAGUCUUCUCAUAUUUAGUACAUGUGGCAAAAUGCUGCUGGAAUAUGGGCAACUACAAUGCUGUAAUGGAGUUUCUGGCAGGGCUAAGGUCAAGAAAAGUCUUAAAAAUGUGGCAAUUUAUGGACCAGUCUGAUAUUGAAACCAUGCGAAGUCUGAAAGACGCCAUGGCACAACAUGAGUCAUCAUCUGAAUACAGGAAAGUGGUCAACAGGGCACUCAAUAUUCCAGGCUGUAAAGUUGUUCCUUUCUGUGGUGUAUUUUUAAAAGAGCUUUGCGAAGUUUUGGAUGGAGCAUCAAGCCUAAUCAGACUCUGUCCACGAUAUAACUCACAAGAAGAAACAUUAGAGUUUGUUUCAGAUUACAGUGGACAAGAUAAUUUCUUGCAACGAGUAGGUCAAGAUGGUUUAAAUAAUCCAGAAAAGGAAUCAACAACAAACAGUAUCUUCCAAACUAUCCGGAGCUGCAAUCGCAGUUUGGAAUCUGAGGAGGGUGAAGAUAAUGUUAGUGAAGGGAGCAAUUCAAGAAAAAACUCUUUGAAGGACAAAAACCGGUACCAUGCAGCACAUAGAAAGAAAGCCUCUGCUUCAAACCGAGUUCUAUUUAUAAUUGGAGAUCUUUCAGAUUCUGAAAGUGACAUAUUUGAGCAGUUGAAGGAAUGGGACACAAAUUCAACAGAAGAGCAACAAAAGGCUUUCUGCCAUGGGAUAGAACUCAUUCCCUGGUACGUGUUAUCUAUCAGGGCUGAUGUCCAUCAGUUCAUGCAACAAGGGGCAACCGUCAUUCAUUAUGACCAGGAGACACAUCUCUCAGCACGUUGCUUUCUUCAACUUCAGCCUGACAAUAGUACUUUGACUUGGACAAAACCCACAACAGUUUGCCCUGCAAAUGCUAAGGCAAAAGUGAGUGUGCUGGGUAAUACUGCUGAGCUUGGUAAAUACCAGUUUCUUGGUAAUACUGGACUGGUGGAAGGGUUUUUGGACUUGUUUUCAGCCAAGGCUGUAUAUAUGGGACACUCGGGCAUUGAUAUGCACACUGUGUGUGUUCAAAAUAAACUUUGUAAUAUGUCCCUUGAAGAAAAUGGUAUAACACUACUUUAUGGACUUCAUACUACUGAUAAUAAGUUGCUGCACUUUGUUGCUCCAAAAUAUACUGCCAGAAUGCUGUAUGAUGGAUUGCUGGAAUUGACUAAAGCUGUAAGAAAAAUGAGGAAAUUCCCUGAUCAAAGACUACAGUGGCUACGGAAACAGUAUGUCAGCCUUUACCAGGAGGAUGGAAGGUUUGAAGGCCCAACCUUGGCUCAGGCUGUUGAACUGUUCGGAGGCAGACGAUGGAGUGCAAGAAACACAAGCACAGGAUCUCUCACCAAAAGCACUGACAAACCUAAUGUACAGAGAAACAACACUCUGGGAAUAAGCACAGCUAAGAAAAAGAAGAAAGUACUCAUAAGGGGUGAAAGUGGAGAGGCCACUGAUGAUGAAAUGGCAACUCGGAAGGCAAAAAGCUGUAAGGAAUAUCGUAAUAGAAGUGGCUCAGAUCCUCAAGAUAUCGAUGAACAAGAAGAAGCAGAUCAAAAUAUUAUUAUUAAUGCUUCUCCAUCUAACAACCUGCCAUCAAGAAGAGCUCACUCUCUGACAGCAUCUGGGUCUCCAAACUUAGGAGCUACAUCACCUUCACCAGCAAGACCAGUCUCGUCUCCUGUAAUAUCUUCAAGCAAGAGUCAGUCUAGCACAUGGAGCAGCAGUAGCUGGCACGGCCGCGUUAAAGGAGGAAUGAAGGGGUUUCAGAACUUCAUGGUGUCUGAUAGUAACAUGACUUUUGUGGAAUUUGUAGAGCUCUUCAAAUCUUUCAGCGUCCGUAGCCGCAAGGACCUGAAAGACCUUUUUGAUAUCUAUGCUGUGCCUUGCAACCGGUCCGGCUUAGACCCUGCUCCACUUUAUACUAACUUGAAGAUUGAUGAAAAUAGCAGUGGAUUCCAGCCUGAUUUAGAUUUGUUGACUAGAAAUGUUUCAGACCUUGGUUUGUUCAUUAAGAGCAGGCAGCAGCUAUCAGACAACCAGAGGCAAAUAUCUGACGCUAUUGCUGCUGCCAGCAUUGUUACCAACGGUACUGGAGUUGAAAGCACAACGCUGGGAAUAUUUGGAGUGGGAAUCCAGCAGCUGAACGACUUCCUAGUGAAUUGCCAAGGAGAACACUGUACCUAUGAUGAAAUCCUCAGUAUUAUCCAGAAAUUUGAACCCAGUGUGAAUAUGUGCCAGCAAGGGCUGCUAUCUUUUGAAGGAUUUGCAAGAUUUUUGAUGGAUAAAGACAACUUUGCCUCCAAAAAUGAUGAAUCACAGGAGAAUGCUGAGGACUUGCACUUUCCUCUCUCCUAUUACUACAUAGAAUCUUCACACAACACUUACCUUACUGGCCAUCAGCUUAAAGGGGAGUCCUCAGUAGAGCUCUACAGCCAGGUUCUUUUACAAGGCUGCAGAAGUGUAGAAUUAGACUGCUGGGAUGGUGAUGACGGGAUGCCUAUCAUUUAUCAUGGUCACACUCUUACUACGAAGAUCUCUUUUAAGGAGGUGGUUGAAGCGAUCGAUCGCAACGCGUUCAUCACCUCCGACAUGCCAGUUAUCAUUUCCAUAGAAAACCACUGCUCUUUGCCUCAGCAACGCAAGAUGGCUGAGAUCUUCAAGAAUGUAUUUGGAGAUAAGUUGGUGACAAAGUUUUUAUUUGAGAGUGACUUUUCUGAUGAUCCCAUGCUUCCUUCCCCUGGCCAACUGAAAAGAAAAAUCCUGCUUAAAAACAAGAAGCUGAAAGCCCAUCAAACACCAGUGGAUAUAUUGAAACAAAAGGCUCACCAGCUGGCACAUAUGCAAGCACAGGCUAGCAAUGGUGCUAGCAACCCCACACCUACCAAUGAAGAGGAAGAAGAUGAAGAGGAUGAAUAUGACUAUGACUAUGAAUCUCUCUCUGAUGCUGAUGUCCUUAAUGCUUCUCCUGCUCCUAACAGCCAGGAAGAUAACAUUCUUGAAGACCGACCUGAGAAUAAAUUGUCAAGUGAUAAACUGCAGUUUGAAUACAAUGAAGAGACUGCCAAACGACUAAAGAAGGCUGAUUGUGCCACAUACAGUAAUAAAGGAAAGGUUUACGACAUGGAGCUGGGUGAAGAAUUCUAUCUUCCGCAAAAUAAGAAGGAAAGCAGACAAAUAGCCCCAGAGCUGUCAGAUCUUGUCAUUUACUGUCAAGCUGUAAAGUUCCCUGGCUUGUCAACUCUAAACCCAUCUGGCUCUAGCAGAGGAAAAGAAAGAAAAAGCAGGAAGUCCAUUUUUGGCAACAAUCCUGGCAGGCUGAGCCCUGGGGAGUCAGCUGCUCUUGCCAAAGCAUCUGGAAAAGGUCCUCUGGAUGUGAUGCGGCAAACCUGGGAAGAUCCUUGCUCUCCUUACAACUCCCCAGCCUCUCUCAGUGCCAUCAUCAGGACGCCCAAGUGCUACCACAUCUCCUCCCUGAACGAGAACGCUGCCAAGCGGCUGUGCAGGCGCUACUCCCAGAAGCUGAUCCAGCACACCACCUGCCAGCUCCUGAGGACCUACCCUGCUGCCACUCGCAUCGACUCCUCAAAUCCCCAUCCACUCAUCUUCUGGCUCCACGGGGUACAGCUCGUGGCUCUGAACUACCAAACAGAUGAUCUUCCUCUGCAACUUAAUGCAGCAAUGUUUGAGGCUAAUGGUGGAUGUGGAUAUGUUUUGAAACCUCCAGUUCUGUGGGAUAAAAAUUGUUCAAUGUACCAGCAGUUUUGUCCACUGGAAAGAGAUUUUGAUAAUAAGGAGCCAGCUAUAUAUUCCUUAACAAUCGUGUCUGGACAGAACGUGUGUCCCAGCAACAGCACGGGCAGUCCGUGCAUUGAGAUUGAUGUGCUGGGGAUGCCUCUGGACAGCUGCCACUUCCGGACAAAGCCCAUUCAUCGCAAUACUCUCAACCCCAUGUGGAAUGAGCAGUUCCUUUUCCGGGUUCACUUUGAGGAUUUGGUCUUUCUCCGCUUCGCCGUUGUUGAAAAUAACAGCUCAGCUGUGACAGCUCAGAGAAUCAUUCCCCUCAAAGCGCUAAAGAGAGGCUACAGACAUGUCCAGCUCCAUAACCUGCACAAUGAAACAUUAGAGAUUUCCAGUUUGUUCAUAAACAGUCGGAGAAUGGAAGAAAGUCCCUCUGGAAACACUGUGCCUGCAUCUAUGUUGUUUAGCCUGGGCGAAAGGAAAGCUGCUGUGACUUACAAAGUGACGGUUCAUGGAGUUCCAGGCCCGGAGCCUUUCACUGUUUUCAGUGUAAGUGCAGGGACCACGGCUGCACAGCUGCUCCACCAGCUCUUGGCUACCAUAAAAGGCACCGAGUCAUGCGCUGCAGACUAUUUUCUGAUGGAAGAGAAGAGUUUUAUAUCUAAAGAAAAGAGUGAAUGCAGAAAACCACCAUUCCAGAGAGUGAUUGGUCCUGAAGAAGGGCUAGUGCAGCUUUUGAACAGUUGGUUCCCAGAAGAAGGAUAUGUUGGAAGGAUUAUCUUUAAAACCCGAGAGGAAAAUUUAAACGAGAGGAAUGUCUUUCAAGAAGCAAAGGAAGAAGCGGCCAUCAGCUCCGAGGAUGACAGUUUCUUUGUUCAGGUACACGAUGUCUCCCCAGAGCAACCACGCACUGUCAUCAAGGCUCCCCGCUUCAGCACGGCUCAGGACGUCAUACAGCAGACUCUUUGCAAAGCGAAAUACUCCUACAGCAUUUUGAGCAAUCCAAAUCCAAGUGAUUAUGUGCUCCUGGAAGAGGUGACAAAAGAGCCAACAAACAAAAAGUCCUCAACAUCUAAACCAUCUCAGAGGAUUCUCUCUGAUCAAGAGUGUGUGUUUCAGGCCCAAAGCAAAUGGAAGGGAGCAGGAAAAUUUAUCCUGAAGCUCAAAGAACAGGUUCAGGCAGCACGAGAUGACAAAAGAAAAGGCAUCUCCUUUACCAGUGAGCUGAAGAAGUUAACCAAGUCCAGUAAGCAGUAUCGGGGGUUCAUGUCGCCCCCGCUGCAGGUGUUGUCAGACAGUCCCCAGAGCAAGGACGAAAGGGCUGCCUGCGGCUUGACCUUCAGUGACAUUGUGGAGUAGUCACCCCACUGCCUGCGGUCUGGUCAGUGCCUUUGAAGGAUCCUGCUGUGGACUGAACUGGUCACCAAUUGUGUGCCCUGUGUUACAGAUGCCUAAUCCAGGCAAUGCUCCUGGAUUAACAUCCAGAAUCUGCGAAUCCUAAAUGGGAUACUGUAGAUUGGAAAGGUGCCUGUCAGCUAUCGGAAGAUUCUGCUCUUCCCGUAUCUUCACAUCUGCAGAUUCUCCAUAGGCAGAUGGAGAAGUUUUCUUGGACUGUAUGUUGUAAACAAACAUGUGUCAUCACCCUCCCCUUUUUAAACAAAAGAUAAUUUUAGCUCGUUGCCUCUAAGGAAACUGAAGGCAGAGAACCAGAGUGUUCUUUUAUGUGUAUUAUUUUAAAAUAACGCACUUUUACGUGAAGAUUUCUGUUAAACACUGUGUUAAGUGAUUGUAAAGAGAUUUAAAUAUACUGUAACUUCAUUUGCAUAUCUGUUUCACUUUGGUGAAUAUACACAAAACAGUCAAAAUUAUUUAUGGUUUAUCUACUUUAACAAAAUAAUGUACAAUAGCUAAAUACACCUAACUGGUAGUGAGACUUUGACAACAUUUUCUUCUUAUAAAUUCUUGUUUUCCAGGCUUGUGUUUAAAGAAAGAAUAUUUAUUAUCAUGUUCCAAAGUACAUGCCAUUGUAUAAUAUAUUUAUCAUAUACUACUUUUUAAAAAAUGCAGAUUUUUACCUCUUUCUGGAUUUAGAGGAAAAUAUGUUUGAACUUUUAUGGUUGUUUCUUUUCAGCACAAGAUGUUUAAUACCCAAAACUGACCAAAUUCAAAACAAUGCAUUGAUAAAUGUAAUUAACAUUUCAAAAUUUUGAAUUCAAAUACAUUUUUCCAUACAGUCAGAAACGUCUUUUUACUUGUCUGUUAAAGAGAGUAUAAAGAACUUUUACGCUAUAACUCUUGACAUUUUUGUUUACACAGAAACACUGCUGUGAAGUUUUAUGUUUGCUGAAUUCAUCUUUGGAUAUGUAAGGAAGUUAGUUGUGCUAGUCUUUUUUUUAAUUUCCAUGGGAGUUACUAAUGUGUUUAGUUACUUAAAACAAUCCAUACCAAGUUACAGGGGCACAAAUUAAACAACUGCUGGAAUCAGCAAUUGCUUUGAUCUCCCAUGUGAAGUGGUGAACAAAUUGCUCUGCAUACGUUUUUGUCUCACUAGAGCAAUCCCUAAACAAGAGAAAGAAGUAACAGGCAGUAGUCUCAUGAUGACUAAUGCCACCCUAUUAAUUAGAAAAUGAAAUAGAAGAAAGAAAAGUCAUUAACUGUCAUAUAAACAAGGAGACAGAACCUGCAUUCUGUCACCAGAAACUAUGAAGUCUUUCACUAUACACUACAGAAAAUGCCUCUAAAGUAACUAUUACCAAAGCAAAAAACUGCCCUCUUGAGGUCAUUCCAGCUUUCAGGAAAAAUAUCUACAGGCAUACAAAAAAGUCAAAUUUCACAGUGGCAUAUCCUCACAGAGGCCAUGCACUUCCCACUGCUUAUCUUUUACAAAAGCAAACUUUUGAACUGAUACAGCACCCCCAACCACCUCCCAGCUCAGCCUCUUCACUCAUCAGUACCAGCUUGAACCCUGCACAUGCAUAAAGCAAGACUGAUCCCAAGUAAAAUGUUUAAAAGUGACAAUUUACACAUAGUUUUAUAUGCAGUUUGCUUUGGAAUACUUUGGAAUUACUGGGAAAUACUUAUAUCAACCUGCUGCACAAUUCAACUAAUGGUUUUUAAAUGUUAGCUUCAUUCUCUCUGUUAUUUUAACACAGUAGAAUUUUUCUUUUUAUGUUUCUGUGGCAUUUUAGAAGCAAUACUUAAGUUCCUGUAGUUUGCCCUUACCUGUCUGACUUUUUUUUUUUUUUUGGUGGUGGUUGGUUGGGUUUUUUUAAUCUUUAGCAGCACUGAAAAUUCUUACCAUCACCUAAAUACCACACACUUGUUAAUUUAUUAGAUUCAAUAUACAAAGUUCUUAUACCCGUGUUGUCAUCCACUACUGCUUUUCUGACACAGAUUUAAAAAGAAUUAAAAACAACCUUGGGGAAUCAAGGGACAACAGCAGCCAUGUCACAUUAACACAGGUCUAACACUAGCCUGAAGUCUGGUGGCAAUCUAAAAUCAGCAGAUUGUCUACUGUUUCUGCUAAUACAGAAUAUUUCUAGCUGUGGGAGCAGUUUAUUAAUAUGAAUAUCUUCCUCAUUAGUCUCAUCAAAAGCUGCUUUUGCUGCUGUUUAUCACAGUGAAAGAGAAAAGCAAAGUAUUUAGCUUUUUAUUUCAAAACCCUAACUUUGUAGACAAGCAGACAUCUGGAAUUGUGUAAGGCUAAUUACCCUGUUUUAGUAUUUUCACUAAUAUUCACAUAUAACUUAAUUUCAAAUUUAUGUAUUGGUAAAUAUCCAGGUAAACUUCCAUUGGUGAAACAUGGUACACUUUGGGGUGAAUUUGGAAAAGAAUAACAAUAUCCUUCCUUUUGUUGGGUCCAAGUUUCCUAAUAGUGAAAAUACACCACCACCUGAAGCAUUAAACUGAGGGGUGGUUAACUUUUCUGAAGACUCAAAGAGCUUCCAUGUGCUAAGUUAUUAUGCUAAUAGGAAAUUUAUUCUGCUUAGCCAUGGAUUUUAUUUCUGCAGGAAUAUUUGUCCACGCCCUGCUGUGACAAGACUGACAAAGUAACUUUGUCCUUUUCUGUGCUUCUGGCUGGGCGUGGACAUCAAUUAGGAAAAUGCAUUCAUUUUUACAUUACAAACUAUUUACAGGAAGCAGUUUCCAGUAUAAAGAAGUUUGAAAGAAAGGAAUGUAAAUAAUCAACACCUUCCAGAAACACGCUGUCUCUGAGCAGUAGCAGGAAUUGAACAGUUUACCGGUGGAAAUCUCAUGUUCCAUUGCCUAGUGGCAAAAAUACAGAAGCAUUUUAUUCUGUGCUAUUUACAGAACUGCUACUCUUCUACCAAGUUCUUAAAUCCUCCCUGUGCAGCACGUGCUGCUUGCAGUGGUGUUUGUUAUGGCAUGGGACGAAAGGUGGGCAGUCCCAGCUCCUGCCUGCAUCUUCUUGUUUCUAUCUUACUGAUCCCAAAUUUUAGCAGUUAGAAGACUAAAAAGUACUAUCUCAGUUUUGUUUUUUUUUUUUUUAAAGUAGCCACAUUAUUUUUCUUGCUACAAAUAUUAGGUGAAUACAAGGUGAAGUGUCUUAAUAGCUGCUUUUAGAAAGCUGUCUGCUUCUAGAAAUCACGUUUUCGAGAUUUAAAGACUUCAACAUGGAAAUAUCUAAAUAUUUCAGGAACACUUUCUCUUACGUUCAUAGUUUAUUUUCAGAAAAGAAGACCUUGCUGGUAGCUUUACAUUUCAGUGAAAGGCUGAGUCUGCAGCUUCUGAAACUGAACUGUCUGCUCUGCUCUAGCUCUUUGAAUGCUUCAAUUAGCAUUUGGUUUUUAAUCACUGUCAGUUAUUAUUCCACUAUUAAACUCAGUUUACUUUUAGGGUAGCCCACUCAAUGUACCAAUGGUGGCAUUUUUUUCCUGUCUGUGAUAAAUGUUUUGCAACUUAAAUAGUGAUAGACAUUUGGCAGAGUUAGCAAAUUAAACACAAAAAUAAAUAGCAGUAAAUAGAUUUUUGCUCCAAUAGAUGUAUAGGCUCUUUCAGAAUGACUUAGUUGUACAGUUGUCUUCCUUUGCCUCUUAAAGCAUGUCAAAGUAUUCUGACAAUGCAACAUCACUAUGUGCCAGUCUCUAUAUGUUUGGAAACCAUGAAAAAUGAAUAAUUUCAAAAUUUUCCACCUGGACUAUCUUCUCUCUGCUGACUUGAAGAAUAAACCUGUAUUUGUAUAUGUUGUACAAAAAAUAAAUGGUUUAAGAUGUUCACUCUUUGCUUUUGCCUUCCCAAACUGACCAAAGUAUUGGCAAAUGGCCCCCUUGGAAUUUUUCAGAAUUUAAAUCACAUCCAUAUUUGCGAACACUUAACAACUAAAAAGAACUAUUCAAAAGCCAUGGGAAUCACAACCUAAACAGAGAGAAACACAUCUAUGAACAUCAGUACAAUGUAUGCAGUUUUGCAAUCUACAUAGUAAAAUAG